UCUGCUCGUGCCCGCGCCCGCGCGCCCGCCGGAAGGAAGGAGCCGCCAUUACAGGAGGAGCCCCGAGUCACCCGGAUACACCCGGAAACCGCGGCCCGGGGCUCGCUGACACCCGAUUCACCAGGAGAUUGGAUGUGCCCGCGGCGGGUGUCACGCCUGCAGCCCUCCCCCCCCCUCAACACCCGAGCGCUCACAGCUAGGCCCUGUACACCCGGAAACCUAGCCCGGGCCUCAUCUCUACACCCGAGUCCCCGAAGAGAGCACAGAGAGCCGGGCUGCCCUGGAACCCUAGAGAUGAUCGCCAUUCAUGGCUUGUGUGGGGAAACGCCGAGCGGAACAUCAACCCGGUAGCCUGCUGUGCCCGUCUCAUGAGGAACACCUGUGUGCGGGGGAGAGUCUGUUCCUGAUCCUAGAGUCCAGCUGUGGCCGCUCUUCUCUUGGUGCAUGGGGUGGCAUUGCCAAGUCUCGCCUCAGCAGCAGUUGAUGUGGGCAGGAUGAGUGCUGCGCCAUGAUGAUGGCACGGAAACAAGAUGUGCGUGUGCCCACCUAUGGUAUCAACGUGGUGGGCCUAUCUGGCACUGAAAAGGAGAAAGGCCAGUGUGGCAUCGGGAAGUCAUGCCUGUGCAACCGCUUUGCCCGUCCCAGUGCCGAUGAUUUCCACCUGGACCACACAUCCGUCCUCAGCACUAGUGACUUUGGAGGCCGAGUGGUGAACAAUGACCAUUUUCUGUACUGGGGGGAGGUGACCCGGAUGCUGGAGGAUUGUGUGGAAUGCAAGGUACAUGUGGUCGAGCAAACAGAGUUCAUAGAUGAUCAGACGUUCCAGCCUCACCGCAGCACAGCCCUGCAGCCUUACAUCAAGCGGGCGGCCUCCAGUAAACUCGCUUCCGCUGAGAAACUCAUGUACUUCUGCACAGAUCAGCUAGGACUUGAGCAGGACUUUGAACAGAAACAGAUGCCUGAAGGCAAAUUGCUGGUAGAUGGUUUCCUGCUGUGUGUAGACGUCAGUCGUGGGAUGAAUAGGAACUUUGAUGACCAACUGAAGUUUGUCUCCAACCUAUACACUCAGUUGGCCAAGACCAAGAAGCCUAUAGUACUAGUUCUGACCAAGUGUGAUGAAGGGGUAGAGCGGUAUAUCCGCGAUGCUCAUGGAUUUGCGCUUAAUAAGAAGAACUUGCAGGUUGUGGAAACCUCGGCCAGGUCUAAUGUCAAUGUGGACCUUGCCUUUACUGCCCUUAUCCAACUGAUCGACAAGAGUCGUGGCAAGUCCAAGAUCAUUCCUUACUUUGAGGCACUGAAGCAACAGAGUCAGCACAUUGCAGCAGCCAAGGACAAGUACGAGUGGCUGGUGGGACGCGUUGUGAAGUCUCACAAUGAGACGUGGCCGAACACCAGCCGGCGCAUGCAAAGCUGCAGUGAGUAUCAGGAGUAUUUGUACUUGGAAGGUACAGAUAAAGCGAAGAAGCUGUUCCAGCAGCACAUCCAACGCCUCAAGCAGGACCAUACCGAACGGCGUCGCAAGGUUUACUUGUCCGUUCUCCCACGUGCUUUAGAUGUCCUUGUGCCUGAUCUUGAUGAAAUAGACCGCCUGAGCUGGCCCAAAGUAGCCAAGUUGCUGGACUCCAAGCCCGACUUCUCUCAGUGGUUCGUGGUUCUUGAGGACACCCCCUGGGAUCUGACGAGCCACAUAGACAACAUGGAAGAUGAUCGCAUACCUUACGAUAUGAUGGAAACUCCUCCAGCCGCAGAGGUAUACUUUAAUCACCUUGAAAAACUGAGGAAUGCAAGGAAGAAGGCGGAAAUGAAAAAAGCCUUCAAAGAAAAUCUAUGUACAUCCCCGUUUAUCACACCAGGGAAGCCUUGGGAAGAAGCUCGUAGCUUUAUCAUGAGCGAGGAGUUUUAUCAGUGGUUGGAGGAGUCGGUCUACAUGGACAUUUAUAGUAAGCAUCAGAAAGAGAUCAUUGACAAGGCUAAGGAAGAGUUACAAGAGUUGCUGCUGGAAUACUCAGAGUUGUUCUAUGAACUGGAAUUAGAUGCCAAGCCCAGCAAAGAGAAAAUGGGGGUGAUUCAGGAUGUACUGGGUGAGGAACAAAGGUUUAAAGCUCUGCAGAAGCUGCAGGCAGAGCGAGAUGCCCUAAUCCUCAAACACAUUCACUUUGUCUAUCAUCCCACUAAAGACACUUGUCCUAGUAACCCUUUCUGUGUAGAGACCAAAAUUGAACAACUUCUCAGCUCCAGGUGCACUUAUCCUUAUGAAUACCUCCAUAAAGACCCAAAUGUGGACAGGAUAAACUUAGUGAUCCUUGGCAAAGAUGGACUGGCUCGGGAACUGGCUAAUGAGAUCCGUGCCCUUUGCACCAAUGACGAUAAGUAUGUGAUUGAUGGGAAGAUGUACGAGUUGUCUUUGCGUCCCAUUGAGGGCAAUGUGCGGCUCCCAGUGAAUUCAUUUCAGACUACAACUUUCAUGCCUCACGGAUGCCUCUGCCUUUACAACUCUAAAGAGUCUUUGUCCUACGUAGUAGAGAGUAUUGAGAAGAACAGAGAGUCCAGUCUUGGGCGAAAGGAAAACCACUUGCUCAACUUGCCCCUAACAUUAAUACUAGUGAACCGGAGGGGUGACACAAGUGGCGAAACGGCUCACAGCCUCAUUCAGCAGGGCAAGCAGAUAGCCAGCAAACUGCAGUGCGUCUUCUUAGAUGCUGCCUCAACGGGCUUGGGCUAUGGCCGCAACAUAAAUGAGAAGCAGAUUAGUCAGAUACUGCUGCGCGUCCUUCUCGAGUCCAAAAGGAAUCUGAACCUGGUCAGUUCCUCACCCAGUAUCAAGGACCUGGUGGAUUGCGACCUGCGUAUAGUCAUGUGUCUGAUGUGCGGCGAUCCCUUCAAUAUGGAGGAAGUGCUUAACGCUCUCAAACCUCACACUUAUCGUCCAUCACAGUUUGGAGUUGGUGGCUCUGUGGUACUUGACUUGCCCAUAGGUAGUCAGAAGCGCCGGCUGGAGCUGCUUAUCUUGUCCUAUCACGCCUCCUUCAACAUUCGCAAGACACGACUGGUACACGGCUACAUGGUUUUCUAUGCAGCUAAGCGUCGUGCCUCUCUGGCUAUGCUGCGUGCCUUUCUGUGCGAAGUGCAAGACAUCGUCCCUGUACAGCUGGUUGCCUUGACAGAGGGCCCUGUAACGCUCUUGGACAAUGUGACCAGAGACCAACUGACAGAGGGAGAAGAGAUCGCCCAAGAUAUUGAAGGCAAAUUCUUGAUUUUGCAGUAUGGGCAGGGCCAACCCAAGCUGGACAUGUUCUACUCUUUUUUUAAGGAUGUGGUGGAAAAGAAAGUUAUUAUUGAAGCCUCGCACAUGUAUGACAACACAGCAGAAGCAUGUAGCACUACUGAGGAGGUAUUCAGUUCACCUCGGGCAGGUUCUCCUCUCUGCAAUUCCCAUAUGCCUGACUCUGAGGAGGACCUAGACCCAUCGCCUCAACAUAUUCUAUCUAGGGAUGAGAUCUGUAAGGCUGCACACUCUAGAGACCUUUCAAAGUUGACCAGAGAGCUGGAGGACAGUGAGAGUCUUCCGUUUAUCUCUGUCAUGAACGCCACUUUAGAGAGCAAACUCAACAACAAGGUACCUCCACCCCUCAAACCAAAGCCUCCUAUUCCAUUUGAAAUUUCCAAAUCUGAUCUGUCCUACCUAGAGCCAGGGUCCCGUGAUGGGCACAGGAGGUCCUUGACGUCCAUCACCUGGCCCCCAUCAGAAGCCUUUGACCCUUCCGACUAUGCUGAACCUAUGGAUUCGGUAGUGAAGCCAAGGAACCAGGAAGAGAACAUUUACUCUGUGCCUCACGAUAGCACCCAAGGAAAAAUAAUUACUAUUCGAAACACUAACAAGCCGCAGUCCAAUGGCAGUGGCAAUGGUUCCGACAGCGACAUGGACACCAAUUCUCUGGAGCGAGCACGGAAAGCAUCCAUAGUGACCAAACCAGUCCUGUACCGUACCAAGUGUGCCAAACUCGGGAAGUUCUCCAGCUAUAGGAGCAGUUUCAGUGUGGGUAGUGACGAUGAACUGGGGCCAAUAAGGAAGAAAGAGGAGGAGGCUGGAACCCAAGGACCAAAGGGGGACAACACUACGAAUACCUAUGAGGCGGAUGGAGAGGAUCCACGAAGGAGGAACAUCCUGCGCAGUCUUAGGAGAACCACUAAGAAACGGGUAGCCAAGCCUCGUCCUUCUCUGACCAAGCAGACGUGGGAGAGCAACUACUUCGGGAUGCCGCUAGCCACCGUUGUGAGCACUGAGAGGCCCAUCCCCGUGUUCAUCGAGAAGUGCGUGGAGUACAUUGAGGCCACGGGUGAGGGGAUGACCACUGAGGGCAUCUAUCGCGUCAGCGGCAACAAGUCAGAAAUGGAUUCUCUGCAGAGACAGUUUGAUCAAGAUCAUAACCUGGACCUGGCAGAGAAGGAUUUCACCGUGAACACGGUUGCUGGAGCCUUGAAGAGUUUCUUUGCAGAGCUGCCCGACCCCCUGGUGCCCUACGCCGUGCAGUCUGAGCUGGUGGACGCAUACAAAAUCAAUGACCAGGAGCAGAAACUUCAGGCCAUGAAGGAUCUCCUGAGAAAACUCCCCAAGGAAAACCAAGAGAUCUUCAAAUAUGUCAUCUCUCACUUGAACCGGGUGAGCCAGCACCAUCACAUAAACCUAAUGACCAGUGAGAAUUUGUCCAUCUGUUUCUGGCCAACAUUGAUGCGCCCUGAUUUUACCACCAUGGACGCUCUGACAGCGACUCGUACCUACCAGACAAUCAUCGAGCUCUUCAUCCACCAGUGCUCCUACUUCUUCUACCAGCGCCCUCCCUUGGACCUUCCCACACCUAGUUCUCCUUCUGCUCCUCUUCUCAAUCAACCCUCUCCCCCCCAGUCUCCUCCUUUAACUCCUGUGUCCCCAUCGCAAACCCUGCUCCCUACAGAUCAGAACAUCCUGUGACCGUUCCCUCCAUGUGCAGCUUCUAGACGCCCGGAGGCAACAUUCGCCCCCUUCCCUACCACUCGCUGACCUCUCCAUGAGGGCCAGUGGUAUUACAUAUGGGACCACUACAGAUAUGAGAGACUUGGAGUAUGAGCCGGGGACCGAACCUCCGAGGAGGGGGAUUUAUCUUGGUACAUUACUGAGAGGGGGCUUCCUUGGUACACGUACUGCAAGAUAUGGUGCCUGGUACACUGACUGUGCUAGACUGUGAUCUGGUACCCCUUGGCCGCGGUGGUGGGCCCUGAUUCUGUGGUUGAUUAAAUGGAUUUGUACAGGAUCAGCGCUCAGUCCUGAUCACGCCAGCAUUACGGGAGAAGCGGCACAAAGUCUGACAUCGGCGAGGAGCCACACUGUGGAUUACUCAGCGAGGGGCCUCUGCGUUUCUCUGUGCCCCCCGCCGGCCCCAGGUUGUAGGACACUAAUGUAACGGACACAGAUACCACACUACAUAUCGUAGCACUUACAGAUGCGGCCCGCGCGAGAGUCUAGGGUUAAUGGGGGCUGCAUGAAUUGUAUGCUUUGUACAUUACUACACGGAAGACACUAAUGUGUGACACUGGCUGGAGAUUACACGCAUGUUUCAUGUGUUAGAGAGUUUGAACGUCGGUUUAAUCACCGCUGCUUGAGCUUCUUUUCUUUUGUUUUUUUAAUAGAGGCGCCUCGGGAUUGAGUGAACUGUCAAUUCACUUUGAUGUACGGUUUGUGGUAACUGAUCUCCUGAGGUGCGUUAUUGUCCGGGCUCUCACCCGAGCCAGUUUCAUGUACUGAUAUUUUAUGUUAAAAGCAAGGCCUGAUCCUCACAUACAUAAAGGGUUUGACUGCACUGCCCCCUCCCCAUUUUAACCCAAAUAUUCUACUGAAAAUGACUCCCUAGUGAUAGCCCCCCACCCCCUCCCUCCUACCUAACUGACUUCAGAAUGAGUUUGCCCUCACCUACCUCUUUGUGAAGACACUAAUUAUCCUUAAGUGUUAAAACCACCUCCCUAAUACCUGUACGACGGAUUACAGUGCAGAACCGUUCUCUUCCUUCUAACAUAAGUAACCCCAAGUCGCUUAGUGACUGACUCCCCCGCCCGGAGAGCCUGACGCCGCAGGAACCGGUACACGGACCGACACCCGUGGGGGACUGGGGCGGUUGUCGGACGGACGUCUUUGAACGAACGAUUUGUAUGUUAGAGCCGAGAGGUGUUUUGUAAGUGGCUGUAGAAUGUAUAUAGCGUGAGGAGCGGAGAUUGGUGAGUUAGGCUCGCUCUCGCUCUGUAGGGUUAUGUUAUGUGAAGGCGCCAGAGGGAAAGUUACAUUCUGCACCAGGGGGCGACUGAGAGCUGAACCCGCAAACUUGUCUAACACGUGUGCGGCGGGUCCAGGGGGGGCUGCCGGGUGUUUCCUGUUCUGUUCGUUGCUGUCCAUUUGGUUGUGAUAGAGGGGUUGGGUCAUUUCGUGCAUGAGAACGUGAUCCUUCCGCUGACGCCCUGAAUCAUGUAUUUGCUGCAAGUCUGCUCAUUGUAAUUGGAACAAACUUCGAGGGCCUUAAUGUGACUUGUAUUAUAGCUAAUAAAUCUUGUUAUAAACUCCCA